GCUGGCAUACAUGGCAAUGUAGCCUAUUCUCUGUUUCAAGGCAGUGGAGGUUCUCAACCAUUUGUAAUAGAUGAAGCCACAGGAGAAAUUCGUCUUAAAGGGGCAUUGGAUUUUGAGACAACUCCAUAUUAUAACAUGGAAAUUGUAGCCAGAGACAGUGGAGGUCUUUCAGGAAAAUGCACUGUAGCUAUACAGGUGUUGGAUGUGAACGACAAUGCCCCUAAACUCACCAUAUCUUCACUCACUAAUUCCAUCCCAGAAAAUGCUCCUGAGGCUGUAGUUGCUGUUUUCAGUGUCUCUGACCCAGAUUCUGGGGAUAAUGGAAAGAUGGUUUGUUCUAUUCAGAAUGAACUUCCAUUUCUUUUAAAACCCACAUUCGAGAGUUACUAUUCUUUAGUGACAGAGGGGCCACUGGACAGAGAGAGCAGAGCUGAGUACAAUAUCACCAUCACUGUCUCCGAUCUGGGCACACCCAGGCUCACAAUUCAGCACACCAUAACAGUGCACGUCAUAGACAUCAACGACAAUGCCCCUGCCUUCACCCAAACCUCCUACACCCUGUUGGUCCAUGAGAACAACAGCCCUGCCCUGCACAUAGGCACCAUCAGUGCCACAGACUCAGACUCAGGCUCCAAUGCCCACAUCACCUACUCGCUGCUACCGCCCCAAGACCCGCAGCUGGCCCUCGACUCGCUGGUCUCCAUCAAUGCAGACAACGGGCAGCUGUUUGCGCUCAGGGCAAUGGACUACGAGGCCCUGCAGACCUUCGAAUUUCUUGUUGCUGCCACAGACGGAGGCUCGCCUGCACUCAGCAGCCAGGCUCUGGUGCGGGUGGUGGUGAUGGAUGACAAUGACAAUGCACCCUUCGUGCUCUACCCGUUGCAAAAUGCAUCCGUGCCCUGCACUGAGCUGGUGCCCAGGGCGGCAGAGCCCGGCUACCUGGUCACCAAAGUUGUAGCAGUGGACUCUGACUCUGGCCAGAAUGCCUGGCUGUCAUUCCAGCUGCUCAAGGCCACGGAGCCUGGGCUGUUCAGCGUGUGGGCGCACAAUGGCGAGGUGCGCACCACCAGGCUACUGAGCGAGCGCGAUGCACCCAAGCACAGGCUGGUGCUACUGGUCAAGGACAAUGGCGAUCCCCCGCGCUCUGCCAGUGUCACUCUGCACGUGCUAGUAGUGGAUGGCUUCUCUCAGCCCUACCUGCCCCUGCCAGAGGUGGCGCGUGACCCUUCACAGGAAGAAGACUUGCUCACACUUUACCUUGUUGUUGCCUUGGCCUCUGUGUCUUCGCUCUUCCUACUGUCUGUGCUGUUGUUCGUGGGGGUGAGGUUGUGCAGGAGGGUCAGGAAGGCUUCUCUGGGAGGCUGCUCUGUGCCAGAGGGACACUUUCCUGGCCACUUGAUGGACGUCAGCGGUAUGGGGACACUGUCCCAGAGCUACCAGUAUGAGGUGUGUCUUAGCGGAGACUCUGGGACAACAGAUUUCAGAUUCCUGAACCAUUAUUCGCAGUAGUGUCGUUCAGGAAUCCAACAGAAUUUUAGUG